GUCCUGCUUCACCUGGGGUCGCUGGCGCGUGCAAAUGUCAGGAGUCAGCAAAUUGGUAACGUCGAGAUUGAAGCUGUUAAUUAACUUUGACCAGGUGACACCAGGCGACUUGCAGCGCGGUCCCCUCGUAUCCCUCGUCGGUGUGAAUGUAUUCCUGAAGAUGUUUGCUCUCAGAGGAAUUUGCUACAGGUUCUCCCGCUUGGCAAAAGUUGCUGCACAAAAGCAAUGCAGAAAAUUUGACAACUCGUGCACCAUAGUCACUGGUAUCAUGGCGGAUAAGAAGAGCCAGGCAGUGUCCGACGGAGAGUUGAACAUGUCUGCACGGGGCUGUGGAGGCAGCAGCUCCAGCCUUCCAGGGACUCCGGGCGGGGAGGCCCCCCCCGCCAACAGCGUGCUGGCCUGGGCCGUCUCCUUUGAGAAGCUGCUGGAGGACCCAGUUGGAGUCCGCCAGUUUACGUCCUUUUUGAUGUCUGAGGUGAGCGCCGAGAACAUUUUAUUCUGGCAAGCUUGUGAAAAAUUCCAGAAGAUCCCAGCAAGUUCCUUGGAAGAGCUGAAAACGGCAGCUCGCUCCAUCUUCAACACCUACCUGUCCGACAGCGCUCCCUACUCGGUCAACAUCGACGACACAGCCAAGACGGAGGAGAAGGACCUGCAACGGCCCACCCCCGACAUGUUUGACAAGGCCCAAGCACAGAUAUUUAAACUGAUGAAAAUGGACAGCUACAGGCGCUUUGUGCGCUCCCCUCUCUACCAAAGCUGCACCUUGGGAGGCAUAGCAGGUAAACCUCUGCCUCAGCUUCCCACAGAGCCGGUCCGUAUGGGAUCCUGGGAGGAAGUGGCCACCAGAAGCCCGCUGAGUAACAAAAAGAAUAAAAAGUCAGACUCCAACAGCUUGCCAGGCAGCAAGACUUGCCCCGAGAAACAGGGUCAAAAAAGGGGAUCCUGGGGAGAUGGAUCCAACAACCAUGGUUCAGGCUCUGGGAAAGAGUCUCACGUGUCUGUAAAAUCCACCAGCAGUUUGGAGCUCGGCUCCCCCUACAGGCAGAUGGAGAACGGCAGAUUGAGUCCCCGCUCUCCAGAACAGGGGGUCGGAGGUGGGAGUCGGAUCGGGGUGGAGGGAGGCUACUGCUGUGUCUAUCUGCCCGAUGGCAGCGCCUCGCUGGCCCCCACGCGCAAUGGCCAACCCAUCAAAGACAUGCUGGCCAGUCUGUGUGAGAAGAGAGGCUUCCCACUGAAAGAUGUCAUCAUCUAUCUUCACGGCAAGGAGAAGCAACCGUUAUCACUGGACCAGGACUGCUCGGUACUGAGAGAUCAGCAGGUCUCUCUGGAGAUCAGGGUGAUGUUUGCGCUGGAGAUCGCCUUCACUGGUAAGACUGUUGGGAUCGUGGUGAAGUCCAGCAAGACCCUGCAGGACGCUCUGACUGCGGUGCUGCAGAAACACCAGCUCAAGCCACAAGAGGCUGUGGUCACUAUGGUUGGGAGCGACGAGCCAGUGACCAUGAACAGCAGUGUGUUCAGACUGGCCAAUAAGACUCUACGCCUCGAAAAAAUCAAAGGAAGAGACCACAGUAACGUUUCCAGAGGCAGUAGUUCUGCUGCAGCCUCACAGGCAGGACCAGUGAGUGCGGGUGGGGUGGAGGCCCGAGCCAAGAUUCAGCCCAAGCCCAGUAAAAACCGGGAAAUGGAGGGCUUACUGGACAUGCUGACCAGGGCUCAGUGCUGCAGGGUUGAUGACCAGCGAGGCCUUUUGACCAAAGAGCAGCUGGAGAUCCCUCUGUUCCUGAAGGUGGCUUCAGACAACGGACAGAAGUCUGAGCCAGAUGAAGCCAGUGCAGCCGACUCCUGCGCUAAAGACUCAAAGGAGACUCCGAGUUCAGCUGAAGCAGCAGCAGCAGCAGCGGAGGAGGAGGAAACCCCGAACUCUGCCCCAUCUAAGCCCAAAGACGUGAAGGAAACGUCAGUUUGAAAGACUGUUGUCCAGGUCUGAUGGACAAGACACGUUUAGAAGUCACACCAAACGUCUCACAAUGUCGUGAGACCAAUCCCAAAAUGAGACAGCAAAAAAGAGUCAAGCACUUUUUAUGUUUACAAAUAAGCUCUAAGACCACAUUGCGCCAUCACCUCUCCAUAUUCAUAAUUUACCUUUUUAAAGGCAUAAUGUAAAUGUUAGUUUUUUUUUUUUUUAAACACUACAUAUGUUAAUAGAAAGUGUUUGCUAUGAACUGUUUAAUGUAUUCCAAAUGGAUUUGAAAGUACUUUUAGCUCAAAUUUUACGCCCGGAAGCUGCUGUGUUGCCAGAUGUUUUACCGGCGUACGGUUGGACGUUCACAUUGAUUUAAUGCUUUAAAUGCUUCCCAAUCUCACAUUGCUGUCAUGCUUCUCUUUGAACUCUAAACAGGGACUGUCCAGAAGGGUGUAUUGCACAAAAUUGUUGUUUUUUUUCCUUUAUUUUGAGAUGAGUGUUUUACAUUUUAUGUUAUUAAUCUUAAUUCUGUGUGCUUACUUGCUAAUUUUCAAAUGUGUGGUUGUGCUACUAAAUGCAUUUUUGUUUGCUGUGAUGGCACUAUAAGAAGCUCUGGUUACGUCCUGUUUCACCGCUCAAGGUGUAGGUCAUGACUUAGAAAUGUGGAAUUGCAGGGAACAAAUCAGUAGAUGUGAUGAUCAAAAAUAUAAGGGUGUAUCCAAAGAAUUAAAGCAUUUUAUGAUGAAGGGUGAUCAUUCAUGUCUGUCUUUUGUGGCCGCUAAGACGCCAAGCUUCAUUUUGUAAUCCUGUGUGGAAAUCUCUGGAUGAAUCACUGUCACUUUCUGUCUUGACACACACUACGUGAUUUGGUUUCAAAUGUGGUUCUGCCUGACCCAUCGAUCCCACAGACUUUGGUUGUAAUGUGUCAUUUUUUUUAACCUUUUCGCUUAUGGCAGAUUGCAGCCCUGUGAUUGGCUCUUCAUAAAAGAGUCUUAGCCAAUCACCUGAGUCAUGUUUUUACUUGUUGCUGGAAGGAGCUUUGCCACUU